UCCAGCGGCAUUUGGUAUGAUCAAGUCGCUAUGGGACUGUGAAUUGGAGGAGAGAAAAACCGUUUCUAAAAUUUUGUCUGUGCCUAGAUAGCCUAGAUUUGUACAUUUCUUUAGUCUCUAAGUCUCUGCCCAUCUAAAAUUUUUCUUGGAGACUAAGGAAACUGCAAGUGGCAGCUUAUAAAAUGAACGCUGACCAUCUGGCCAGCGUUUUUCUUCAAAAGUGAUGGCUUUUUUUGGUCCGAUGUUGAACUGAUCGACUAGAACAUUUCUGUUCACACUUUUGAAACUGCUGGUGCUGGUUUUGAACAUCCCUCAUCGUUUGCUCAAUGUCGGUGGAUCUACUUCUACAAGUUGGCACCCACCCGCGGUCAUCCUUCAGCUGCAUACAUAAUUGUACACGUUUAUCUAUCCCGCCCCUAUUACAUGCUGCUGGGUCAUAAGCCACGUGAGUGACCAUCACUGCAAUACUAUUCGAAAAUGAAAACAGAGUGGAAUGAGUUGGGUGUUAAACUUAGCGAACCAAUUCUUCGGACCUUGAAAGAUCUUAACUUCACGAAAACAACACCCGUUCAAGCUGCAUGCAUACCUCUGUUGCUGCAAAAGAAAGAUGUUUGUGCUGAAGCAGUCACAGGCUCAGGCAAAACAUUGGCAUUCAUCAUUCCCAUUUUAGAAAUUUUGCUGGCACGAUCUACACCACUGAAAAAACAUGAAAUCGGGGCCCUUAUAAUAUCCCCUACAAGAGAAUUGGCAUCACAAAUUGAUGAAGUUUUGACAAAGUUUCUAAUUAACUUGCCCCAGUUUACCCACCUUCAAAUGAUUGGAGGUGCUCAUACUGUUGUACAAGAUAUUAAAGACUUUACCAGUCAUGGAGCUCACAUUAUUAUCACUACACCUGGGCGCUUUAUGGAUCUUCUUAUUCGACAGGGUGACCAUAUUAACCUUGCUGGAGGACUGAAGUCAUUGGAAAUUCUCAUCUUGGAUGAAGCAGAUCGUCUGUUGGACCUGGGAUUUCAUGCUACCUUGAACACAAUAUUGGGUUUUCUUCCGAAACAAAGAAGAACAGGUCUUUUCUCUGCUACCCAAACUAGAGAGGUUGAAUCAUUGGCUAGAGCUGGGUUGAGAAAUCCAGUAGCAGUUACAGUGAAAGAAAAGAAUUUGAACAAUGAUGGUUCAAGAACACCAGCUUCCCUGGCCAAUUAUUACAUGGUGGUUGAAGGGGACCAGAAAUUAGCUGUUUUGAUAACUUUGAUGAAAACCAAAGCUCCUGGCAAAUUCAUGGUUUUCAUGUCAACUUGUGCAGCCGUUGAAUAUUUUUCACUCAUUCUAAAACAUUUUUUGCCUUCGGUUACUGUGAUGAGUAUUCACGGAAAACUGAAAACGACCCGCUUCAAAAUCUUUGACAAGUUCAGAAGCCUCAAAACCACCGGACUGUUGGUUUGCACUGAUGUCAUGGCCCGCGGUAUCGAUAUUGCUGACAUCGACUGGGUGUUUCAGUUCGAUGCACCUUCGUGUGCAUCGGAUUUCGUUCAUCGUUGCGGAAGGACUGCCCGAAUCGGUAAUCGGGGAACAGCACUAGCCUUUCUCCAACCCAAUGAAGAGCCUUACGUCCACUUCAUUGACAUCAACCAAAAGGUGAAGUUAACCCAUAUGGAAUUGCCUGAUGACCUGCCCGUUAACUUGGCUGAAAUUCGACAAAUGCAGCAGAACGAUCGCGCACUGAUGGACAAGGCCACUAGAGCGUUUGUUUCUUACAUACACUCUUACGUCAAACACGAAUGUUCCGUACUACUUCGCGUCAAAGAUUUAGAUUUUGGUCGUUUGGCCGUAGGUUUCGGUCUCCUUACACUCCCGAAAAUGCCCGAGCUCAAAAAUAGAAAGACGGAUUUCUUUCAGCCGGUCAGCAUUGAUCUCAACUUGAUCACCUACAAGGACAAGGCCCGAGAAAAGAUACGACAAGAGAAAUUAGCCAUCUACCGCGAGACGGGAGUUUGGCCGUCAUCGAAAGCCAAUUCCGGACCAAUGAAGAAAAACGAGUCCUGGUCGGAGAAGAAGGCACAGAAAUGUCGCAAGAAGGAGAAGAAAAAGCUCAGAGUGGAACAGAAGAAACGUAAACGUGCUGCCGUCGACGAAGAUGAGUGGAACGAGCUGGCCCGUGACGCUCGGCUCCUCAAGAAAUUGAAAAAGCGAAAGAUCUCCGAGAAAUCUUUCGAGAAACAGUUCAACAACAAAACCGAGGCUGCUGCACCUGCCGAAGAAGCGUGAGACAAGACCUGAAACUGACGAGUUUAUUUACAUAUUUUGUACCGAUAAUAAUUUUUUUUCCCCUCACCAAAUCACGGCUACAACAGCAAACAGUUACAACAACAACAUGUUGAAAGUGAAACAAAGAAAUGAACGACUUUAUCGAAUUCAA